AGCCGGCUCGAGCGUGGCCGGGACGGCUUCGGCCGCACAGCUUUGUUGUCAGAGCCUGACUCUGCCACGUGCAAACAGCAGUGUGAGUCCAAGGGACAUGACAAAGCUCCUGUCAAUCUUGGUGCUACUCCUGCCUCAAGUUCAAGGCACAGCUCUUCGAGCAGCUACCAGUAUCAAUGAAGUGGAGCCGCAAGCUGCGGUUGUUGCGCACCUGUUGUCAGUCGUUGAUGACUACCUCAAGUACUACGCAGAGGAGAAGACAUCCUGGACGGAGUCCAAGCAGCGGAUGAUAGACAUCAUCAAUUCUGCCACAACAGACGAGUCUCGGCUGGCAUCUGUCAACGAGAAAGCUCGCAUGAAGAAAGAGCAUGAUGAGACGGUUGCCGAGUAUGUGACUGUCGUGAAGCAGCUGGAUCAAGCGCUCAAGGAGAUGGAAGGUGCUGACUGGGCUGAGAAGCAUGGCGUCAAGGAGCAGCUGGAUGCGCUAUAUCAGGAGUCUCCGCUUGCCCUGAUUCAAUCCGUGGGCAACAGAGGUACCAACGCCAGCACUUUGGCAAACUCGGCUGCCUUGAAGCUCAGGCAAUUCCGCCAGGAGUUCGCCCCGGGAAUCUGAAGGACCGGUGCACUUCAAACUGAUGGCUUUUGUAUUCAUGAGCAAGGACCUACAAAGUGAGGUGACCUUGGACCUUUGUCCAUGUGGAAAGAUGCGGCUGCAUGGUGA